AUGGCGAUAGGAGGCAAGCUCACCAAAAUCAAGUCCGUGCUGAAGAAAAUGCAAUCAUUCAAGCUCCGCCGCAUGAGCUCCUCCUCCUCCGAUGGCUCGUUUGAAUCGAUUGCCGCCGCCAAGGACCUGUGCCCCGUCUACGUCGGGAAGUCGCGGCGGAGGUACCUCGUCUCCGCCGACGUCGUGGACAGCCCGCUCUUCCGUGAGCUCGUCGAUCGGCGCUCCGGCGGCGGCGGCGGCGGCGGCGGCGGCGAGGACGGCGCGGUCGUCGUCGGCUGCGAGGUCGUUCUGUUCGAGCACCUCCUGUGGAUGCUGGAAAACGCCGAUCCUCAGCCGGAUUCGCCGUGCGAGCUCGCCAAGUUUUAUGCCUGCUGA